CCGCGCGCUCGACGCAUGCCCCUCGCGGCGUCUUCCCUCGCGUCUUCACUCCACCACUCGUUCACGCUUCGCUCGUUCGCGCUUCGCAAGGUCGUCGCGCGCGCCCACGCGCCGCGUCUCGCCGUCGCCCGAGCCAUGGCGUUCUCCGCGGACGACAGCACGCCGAUCGUCGUCGCGGACGACUUUCCGUCCGACGCGCGUCUCACGUACUUCGGUCUUCCCGCGCUCGCGGAGCCGGUCCGCGCGCUCUUCGUCCUCUCCGGGAAGCCGUGGACGGACCACAGGAUCAAGUUCCCGGAGUGGAAGGAGACGGUCAAGCCGAAGACGAAGUGGGGCCAGAUCCCGGUGAUGACGAUCCCGGGCGACGAAAACGAGAUGACGCAAUCGAAAGCGAUGCACCGCCUCCUCGCGUGCAAGCUGUCCGUCGGCGGCGCCGGCGCGACGCCGCUGUACCCCGCGGGGACGAUGCAAGCGUACAGAAUCGACGAGAUGAUCGACACGUUCGAGGACGCGCGGAUGAAAAUCGUCCCGACGUUUGCCAUCGCGGGUCAGGCGGAGAAGGAAGCGGCCAGAGCGGCGCUCUUCGUCGAAGGCGGCGCCGUCCACGAGUUGCUCCUCAAGGUUGAAAAACACUGCGGCGAGUUCGGACGGAUCGUGCCCACGACGGACGGCUCGUUCACCGCCGCGGACGCGUGGGCGCACUUCUUCGUGUGCAUGCAUCGCAGCGGGAGCUUCGACGGCAUCCCCGCCGACGUCGUCGACGCGAAGACGUUUCCGAAACUCAACGCCGUCGUCGACGCGUGGGGGGCGAUUCCGGCGCUGAAAAAGUACUACGAGGGGAUGGUCGAGACAGGAGACGCGAGGUACAAAGCGUUCGCGGGGCAGUGAGUGACGCGCUGAGCGAAC